AUGACGCCGCCACCGCAACAGCAGCAGCAGCAGCAGCAGCGACAGCAGCAGCAGCCGACACCUGAGCUGCGGCAGCAGCAACAGCAGCAGCAGGCCGACGGCUGCUGCUGCGUUUUGACUGAUGCUGCUGCUGCCUUCCGUGACUCUCGCGAAGCAGCAGACGUCUGCGGCGCUCUUGCUGCUGCUGCUGUUGCACUGCAGCGGCUGCAGCAGCAGCAGCAGCAGCGCAAUGCGACUCUACUGCACGCGGCCUCCCAGCUUGCUGCUGCAGCAUGGACGGCAUGUGUCGAGUGCUUAUGCCGGCAGCAGCAACCCUCACACUUAGCAGCAGCAGCAGCAACAACAACGCCAGCAGCAGCAGAGGCAGCAGCAGCAGCAGCAGCAGACUCUUCAGAAGCAACAGCAGAAGCUGCUGUCCCUUACUAUGUGUCCAGCCCUACGCAGCUGGCAGCUCCGCCAGGGCAUACGCCCAGCAGCAGCAGCAGCAGCAGUAGCAUCAGCAGCAGCAGCAGCAUCAGCAGCACCGUCGGCAGCAGCAGCAGCACAAGUGGCAGCCUGCUGCUGCUGUGUGGCCUCGUUCUGAGGGAACUCCUUUGCCUCUGUGGAGAGGACUUGCUGCAGCCGCUGCUGCAGCUGCUGCUUCCUCCGCUCGAGCGUUUGCUGCAGCCCUCAGCAGCAGCAACUGCUGCCGCUGCCACUGCAAAAGCAGCAGCAGGAGACCUAGCAGAAGCAGCAGCUGCUGCUGCGAGCCUGCUGCUGCUUCUCAGUGCAGCAAGCAAAACUUGGCUGCUACUGCUUAGCCGAGAUGCAGCAGCACUGGUACGAAUGCUGCAGCUGCUGCGCGGCUUGCUGCAGCAGCUACGACUCCAGCAGCAGCAACAAGCAGCAGCAGCAGCAGCAGCGGCAGUAGAUACCGCCUGCACCUGCUGCCUGCAGCAACAACAGCAGCAGCAGCAGCAGCAGAGCUGCGCGGUAUCCACCGCGGUCUUUCUUUUCUAUGAGACUGCUGCUUUCGACAGAAGCAGCAGCAACAGCAGCAGCAGCAACAGCAGCAGCAGCAACAGCAGCAGCAACACUGCAGGGGUCGUGUUAGCAGGAAAGACACGGGCGGCUCUGGUGUACGUACGCAACUGUUUGCUGCGCCUGCUGCAUGCAUGCCUGCUGCUUUCCUGCAGCAGCUUGGAGCAGCAGCAGCAGCAGCAGCAGCAGUUGCUGCUGCUGCUGCAGCAACAGCAUGCGGUAGCAUAUGGCUACACGAGCAGUACUGCGAGCUUGCAGCAGCUGCGGCAGCAGCUGGAGCAGCUGGAGCAGGGACUGCAGCAGCAACAACAGCAGCAGCGCCUGCUGCACUCAUCUAUCCCGGCAGCGGAACUGCAGCAGCAGAUUCUUGCACUCGCAUGCAGCAGCAGCAGCAGCAAGAGCAUUUGCUGCUCACCCUUUUCUUCUGCUGUUGAAUUGCUGCCAUCAGCGGGGUUCCAAGACCAAGCGCAGCAGCGGCGCAGCCAGCAGCAGCAGCAACAGCAGCAGCAGCUGCAGCAGCAGCAGCAGCAGCGGCACCAACCAGGUCCUGAAUUCGCUGAAUGGCAUUAUCUCCGCGAAGCUGUCGAUUCAGUUGCUGCUGCUGCCGCUGCUCCGCAGCAGCAGCUGCUGCUGCAGGUGCCCUCAGCAAAUAAGCCAAUGGCCGCAGCAACAGCAACGGCAGCAGCAAACGCAGCAGCUGCUGCAGCAGCAGCUGCUUCCCUGCUGCAGCAGCAGCUGCAGUAUAUGCUUCCUACUGGAGGCCUAGGCAGCUGUUUGUGUGCCUCACAAGACGUUCAUGCAGCAGCAACAGCAGCAGCAGCAACAGCGCCAGCAGCAGCAGCAACAGCAGCAGCGGCAGCAGCAUGCCAGGGGGGACGGGGGCGUUUCUGCUUCUGCUGCCAGCCGCUGCUGCAGCACAUAUGGGGCCUUUUGAAACUUUGGAAUGAUUUGGGGCUGCAGCAGCAGCAGCGGCGUCUGCAGCAGAGACAGCUUCAGCAGCAGCUGCUGCUGCUGCUAAGGGCCCAGCAGAGCAGCAGCAGCGGCGAUAGCAGAAGGAACAGUGACAGCAGCAGCUGCAGCAGCAGCAGCAGCAGCAGCAGCAGCAGCAGCAGCAGCAGCUUCAGUGGAAUUGAAGAGGCUUCAUCUACAGCGGUUGAUUUGGCCCUUGAUAACAUCGUAGCUGCUGUUGGGCAGCUGCAGCAGCAGUCCGCUGCAGCAGCAAGCAACAAUAACAGCAGCAGCAGCAGCCGCAGACGGCUACUGCUGCUGUGUGUGGCUGCUUGCCGCUACCGCGUGUGUGCUGCUCUCAGUGCAGCAACAGCAACUCUUCAUUUGCUAUCACGGCGCCCAGCAGCAGCAGCAACAGCAGCAGCAGCACAUCCUGCAGCGGCGCUGCUGCAGCAGCACCUGAAGCCUGUUGUGCUGCAGUGCUGGUGGUCCCUGAGCUGCCCCGCAGCAACCUGCUGCUCUGCUGCUGCUGCUGCUGCAGCGCAUGCGGCAGCUUCUCUCGUGGCAGCAGCAGCAGAGUUUGCUGCUGCGCUGCUGCAAGGAACUGCUGCAGAUUCGUUUGCGGUGCUGCAGCUGCUGCGCUCUUUGGGGCUGCAGCAGCUUCACCAGCUGCACGCGCCGCACCAACUGCAGCAGCAGCAGCAGCAGCAACAACGGCAGCAGCAACGGCAGCAGCAGCUUUGCCUGCCGACAAGCAGCGGCAGACGCUGCUCUGAAACUUCACACGCUGGCUUGCGGGGCAGCAGUGACUCAGCAGCAGCAGCAGCAGCGCCUGAAGCAGCAGCAGCAGCAGCCGCGCCUGCUGCUGCUGCUGCGGAUAAUGGCUGCUUCAGCUGCCGCUUGUUUUACUCAGGUCAUUUUCUUUUAAGGGAUUUAAAGUUGGAGGCAGCAGUCGUGGCUGCUGCUGCUGCGUUUGCU